AUGGAGAAGUACAUGUCCCCACAAGGUAUGCGACCAACUGGGGCACGCCACUCUAUCGGCUUGACCGUCGUCAAUCCUCUCGACUAAACCUGGGUUUUCUUGUGGUUUGAUUGGGUGCAAAGAGGAAUCGGCGAGGGUUUUGGUGGAGUUCAUGGAAGUCGCUGUGACCUCUAUCGUCUUUCUCAAAGGCGUCUAUCCCCGCGGUACUACUUCUCCAUCCCCUCCCAUCUCUCUCUCUCUCUCGGUCUUCCGUUCAUCAGAUGAUGGAAGAGGUCCUUUUCCUUCUUGGGUUUUCCCCAACCGUUCUCAGGGGCCUUCCAGAGGAGGAGAUACAUGAAUAUGGUGGUGCACUGGGCUUGCCACCCGCAGCUCAGCGGUUACAUCCACUCUGCCGUCUCCGGUCUCCUCCCGUUCAUCCAGAAGGUAGGAUCCAGCGUCCCCGCGGAUGCCCAUUAGCCUUUCACCCAUAUGAAUCUCUUAUAGACGAAAGGGGAAAAAACUUCACUCGACAAUUUCCUACCUUCUCUUCACAAACAUAGCAUUCGUCAUUGUUCAAGCUCAAUCGAUCGUGCUCAUUUAUACUAGGGAAAUAAAUUCGACGUGGUUCAAAUUUCCAGAGUUAUUUCCCACAUUUUCCAUACGCUGGAGACGUCAUUUAAUCGGUAAAGCUAUACUUUAAUUCUCUAAACCUGAGCAUUACAUGCUUCACGUCGAAGACUUUGUGAUGCUUUUCCGGAGAUUACAUGAAGGGUGUAUGGGUAUGAUUCAGGUAUAUCUUAUCAAACAUAGUUCGACGAGGCUUCAGCCUCACCUAGAAAAAUACUAAUUUGAUGCUUUCGAGAUUCGCGCAUGGCCAUUGUCCGGCGUGUCCACUGUUUCGGCUUGAACCUUGAGAUAUGUUUGGUAGAGAAAGCUGAUUCUCGUUUUGCAAUCCCUGGGAGAGGAUGAUGCAGAGCGAAGGUAUUUGUAGAAACAGCACUCCUUCCUUCCCAGUGCCUAAUUUGGAGAGCCAACACGAUCAGCAGCUAACCCUGGUAUCCGAACUUAGAGACACUCUGCAAACGACUGCACCUCUGAACUGCCCUUCAUUUUCUUCCCUAUAGCCAAUUUUCAUCACAACCCUAGUCAUUGAAUCUCGUCUAAGAACAGGUUCCAGCAUACCCAGUCUGGCUACUUUCCUUGUGGGAAGAUUGAGGUUUGUAAAUGGGCUUGUUUGAAUGGAUCGUGCUGCUCAAGAAAAUGAGCCCAGGAGUUGGAAAGUAUGCUGGAUGGGGCUUCAUUCUGCUCCAAAGGUUGUUAGCCCUAUGUGUAAGUACCUUGCAUAGAAAUUGGGGCAUUGCUUAUCUGGAUCUUUGCUCAACAGGGCGUGGUGGACAGGGUAGCCGUCGUCUUCUACAAUGCAGAGCUGGUCCCGAUGGAGAAGUUCAUGUUUAGACUUGCCGUCAACCAGUCGUACGGGUCAAAGGUGGAAGAAAGAGAUCUGGAGUUCGCCCUGAGAGCUUUCUUGAUCAAGUUGUCAGUGUCCGAAACCCUCACGAAGCCCCUUCCGGCAGGUAUUUAAGUACUCUCUCUCAUUUGUAUGGUGUCUGUUAAAAAAAAAAAGUCAUUUACUUUGGAAGAAUCUUUUGACCGUCUUCAAAAUUUUCUAAUCAAACAGGUUGUGAUUGGGAAAUCACCGCUUAUUUUCGUGCUCUUCCCGACGGUAUCAAUCAAGAGCAGCGGCUUUGGAUUCCAACCGACACAAAACUGUGGCAGCAUCCUCCUCUCAUCACCCCAAUAAAGUCAAUGAGCAGCAACCCUUUGAAGCUGCAGCUAUAUUUGGAGCACCCCGACCCCAGCGAACCAAAGGAUCAUACCGCUCCAGAGGCAUCAUAA